CGGCCGCUGGCGGUGCCAGAUGAACCGGGGCGGCGGAGCACGAUGGGGGCUGCUGGCGAUGGCGGCGUGUGCGCGCUGUGGCGCCGGCUCGAGGGCCCCGAGGAGCGGCGGCUGCUGGAGCUCUUCUCCUACGGGCUGAUGGCGGUGGGCGCCGGCUCCGCCCUGCUGCUGUGCUUCAUCCCCAUGCCCUACGGCCGGUACUCCUCGCGGCGCUUCGGCUGGCUGCUGCCCGCCCGCCCCGCCUGGGCGCUGCAGGAGCUGCCCUCGCUCCUGGUCCCGCUCGGGCUCGCCGCCUGCGGCGGGGCGGUCGCGGCCGCCCGGCCCAACCGCGUCCUGCUGGGCUGCUUCCUCCUGCACUACGUGCACAGGGCACUCAUCUUUCCUCUUCUGAUCCGUGAAGGAAAACCAACGCCAUUUUUCACUUUUGUGUUAGCACUUCUGUUCUGUGUUUUCAACGGGUACUUGCAGGGCCGAAGCUUAACCACCUAUGCAACUUACCCUCCAGGCUGGCUGGGCGAUUCACGCUUCAUUACAGGUUUUUUAGGAUGGUUGAUUGGCAUGGCCAUCAAUAUUCAUUCUGAUCAUAUUCUCAGAAAUCUGAGAAAACCAGGGGAAACUGGUUACAAAAUACCAAGAGGAGGAAUGUUUGAGUAUGUCAGUGGAGCCAACUUUUUUGGAGAGAUCCUGGAAUGGUUUGGGUUUGCCCUUGCCUGCUGCACCAUUGAAAGCCUUGCAUUUGCAUUGUGUACUCUUUUCAUCCUGGGUUCAAGGGCAAGACAGCACCACAAAUGGUACCUUGAGAAAUUUGAAGACUAUCCAAAGGACAGGAAAAUUGUCAUCCCAUUUUUGUACUGAGCUGUGCUUUUAACACUUUGAGAUGAAUGCUUUUAGUAACAGCCAGCAUUUUACAGAUGCUGGCAGGUUAGCAACACACUCGGAUCAUCACUGUGACAAAGCCUUUCCAUCAGUGCUGCUAUUACUUACUGCUUUUUCCUCUUAAUGGUAACCCAGAAGUCUGAUGGACAGGGUGAAUAGGAGCAGAAGUGCUUUUCCAGCAGGGAAGCACCUUCAUAAAUACAUUAGGCAAUGAGUCUGAAUUGGCAUUGUGGGAAGUACUGUGCAUGACUUCUGAUGCUUCUUUUUCUGCCUGUAAGGGCUUCUGCUGUUUCCAAAUGCAGCCAAGCUGUCCUGAGAAUUGUGUUGUGAGUUCAGCCACCCUCACUUCAGUCUGGAUGGUGUGUUCUGCCUACAUACACAAAUAGGGUCGAUUUUAUUUUUUUUCCCUUGCCUUCCUAAUUCUUUCAAUUCCCCCACCUGCGUCUCCAGAAGAGCUGGUGAUGUAGACCAAGGGAUUAGAUGAAUACAGUUGCUUUUAGAUGAGAGACUGUUUGUCUUUCUCUUUGCACCCUUACAAAUAUAGAAACACUCUAUAGACAAUAUUUAAUGAUAUUUACAUAAAAGCUGUACUGUUAAUAGAUUAACAUUGUCAUCUACCUCUUAAAAUUGAUAGCUAUCUCAAUAUGCAAUAUGUGCCUUCUCACUCUAAACUGGUUUUGGAAGUCUACUUAGGAUACUUAGGCCAGUCUAGCAUUGUUAACAAUUGUGUAAUGUUUUCUAACUUAAUUUAUAAAAAAA